AUGGAACCUUGCCCUACUACACUAGAAACACUCACUGAUGUCGAAAGACAUGCAACCACGGUCCCGCAGGAAGCCAAAGAAGUAUAUGAAACGACUUCACGAAGUAACAAUUCCUUGGUCAAAUCCGUGCUGCUCGCGGAGGGCAUUCACCACGAUAUUGCCAAUCAUGACUUGAAAGAGCUACCAGACCGAUUCGACAGGAGCAGCUACAAGGCCACUGUCACGUGGUUUGGAACGUUGCUCCUGGCUGGCAUUGGCAUGUUUGUCGAGGCCUACAUCAUCAUCACCACCGGGCAGAUCAAGACGAUUUGGCGUGAUCAAUACCCCGAAUGUUGGAUGGCUGAUAAAGCACAGCACUGUCCUGAAUUGAUAGAAUGCUGUGGCUUGUUCAAGGACAACCCUUUGGACGUAAAUGGCACCUGCAGCAUCGAUAAGGUGAAUAUCGACUAUUGCACCGCCGAGGGCCAGUUCCAACACGAAGUCCAGUGCAAUGAAAGCGUCCUAGGUGCGAUUUCCUAUGCUGAGUUUGCGGGAAUCAUGUUGGGGAUGCUUACGUUUGCAUUCGUUGCUGACAUCAUUGGGCGCGCCAAGGCAGGUGUCGUGGUUUCUUACGUCAUGUGCAUUGGCUUAACUAUGAUGACUUUCUACGACGACACCAACCACAUCCAAAUCUUUCUGCUCUGGGCCAUGUUCUUCGGUCUCUUCGGUCUUGGAGUUGGAGGAGAGUAUCCAUUGGCUGCUAGCAACGCUGCAUCAGAACAUUCCGAAGAGCUGGAAGAUGCACUCUUGGAUGAUGAGGAUCGUCAUCAUCGCCGCGUACUCCAUGAUCAUGCCCGCACAGCCAGACGCGGUGAGACCAUUUCCAUCGUCUUCUCCAUGCAAGGAAUUGGCGCCGUGGCCGGAUCCGUCUUUUUGAUCAUCCUCCUAUACUUUGCCGAUCAAACUUACAUCGAUUGUUUCCAACCUGGAGUAAACUCUAUGGGGACCGAUCCUCGCGCUUUGAAUGCUGUCUGGCGCUCCUUUUACUUCAUCGGAGGGAUAUUUGUUGUCAUGGUGCUCCUCUAUCGUACCCUGGUGCUCGAGGAGGGUGUUGGACACGAAAGGAUGCAAUCACGCAAGCAGCGCCGCCUCGAUGAAAUGCAAGACAAGAGGCAGAAGGUCGGAACGUUGAAGAUCCUUUGGUUCUAUGCUCCACGCUUGUUGGGAACUGGUGGCGCUUGGAUAGUCUAUGAUGUAGCUUUUUAUGGGCUCAAACUCUUCUCAGGGCCCAUUUUUGAUCAAAUCUCCCCCAACGGUGAUCUGAUUGUCGUCAACGGAUGGCUCCUUGUCAACAACCUGGUUGCUUUGGUUGGAUACUAUGCUGCGGCAGCUGUUAUUGACAUUCCUUGGAUUGGGCGCAAGCGCCUGCAAAUGUUCUCCUUUACACUGUGUGCUAUUCUGUUUGGCAUCACUGCCCACCUCUUUGAAUCGGCCAGUGGAGAAACGCUAUUGGCACUGUUUAUCAUGUCCAGUUUCUUUGGUCAGUUUGGGGGCAACGCGAUCCACAUCAUGGCCGCCGAAACUUUUCCUACAGAGCUUCGAGGCACAUGUCAUGGAUUGUCCGCCUUUAUGGGGAAGUGUGGUGCAUUGGCCGGAACCCUUGCCUUUUCUCACGUACCAACGGUGCAGAUCUUUUGGAUCUACAGUACCGUCAGCAUCGCCGGGAUCUUUUUUACGCUUUUGUUCUGCGUGGAUCUGACCCACAUCUCGUUGGCGGAGCACGAUGCACAGCUGGAACUCUUUCUGGAAGGCCGCCUGGGAGCCUACAGGGGGAAACUCAACGACGAGAAACAUUUGUCUCUUUUUGAGCGUUGGCUCGGUCUCCAUGGCACUUACGAACCAGGCUGGGCCAAGGAAUUGGUGGACGAUGAGAUGCUCAGGAGGCAAGAAAGUGCAAUCGCUACAGCCUAG